AUGCCGGCUCUCCUCCCGCCCCUCUUCUCCCGCCGGCCGGCACUCCAGCCGGCAGCAUCUGCACCAAUCGCUGCUCCCGGAACCUCCUUUCGCGUCUUCCAGCCAAUCACGCCCAGCCGACGUGGCAGUUCUCUCGCAGCGCCAGCGCCAUCGGCCGGGGCGCAGCUACGUGGCCCAGGGGCUGUCCACGUGGCAUGGGUAGCGCUGCUGGUCGCCGUCGCUGCUGCGCUUAUCGCCUGCGACGUGUGGGGCCUGCACCCGUGGAACAGGAACGUCGCACACGUCGCACAGGUCGCACAGGUGGAUCGUAAGGGGCAGGAGGCAUCGCAGGUUCGGCAUCAAGAAGCGGGAGCGGGGGGAGUCUCCAGGGGAGAUGGCGGCACUAGAGAUUCGGGGGGCGGAGAACGCAUUCCUAACAGUGGCGGAGGUGAUACCAGUACUAGCAGUGCCAGUAACGGUGGUUACAGUAACGGUGGUGACCGUAGCGGGGACAGCAGCGGUGCAGUGGAGUACAGAGGGGCGCCGUGGAAGGCUGACGUGGGGCGGUGGCUGCUGGCGUGCAGUGACCAGCUGACUCCCGUAACUGUAGGCGAGGCGCUCUUCUGGCGGGCGUGUCCCGGCAACUGCAGUGGCAACGGCGUGUGCAACCAUGAGCUGGGGGAGUGCAGAUGCCGCCACGGCUUCUCAGCUCCCUGGAUGGCGUCCAUCUGUCCCACACACUGCAACACCUCCGCUGCUCUCUGCUUUUGUGCGAAUGGGACACGGUUCCCCCACCGCCCCAUCAACCACCCGUGUGGGUUCGUGUUCCGGAACCACGACUUUGUGUACAGCGAGGUGGACACGGAUUUGCUCUUCCACACACACACCGGCUACUGCAACGCUGACCCGCGAGUGGGCUUCCAGCGCGACUACACGGGGUGUGGCGUGUGCGACGUGGACGGGUUCCUGGGCCCCUUCUGUGACGUGCGCGUGGAGUCGUUCUGCCUCAACCAGUGCUCUCUGCAUGGCUCGUGCCACAGAGGAUACUGUGAGUGUUCAUAUGGCUUCUUUGGCAUCGACUGCAGUGUGCCGUCCGCUUUCACCCCCCGUGCGCUCUUCACGCAUCCAUCUGCAUCGCUCCAGCUGGAUUCGGCGCCCGCUGACGUGGCAUCAACGGCUGUCAAUGCACCGUUGGCAGGCACGGAUGGGGGAGGAGGCAGCAGAAGCAGCGCGGGAGUCCCCUAUGACCCCACUGCCACACCUGGCGAUGCUGCAGGCAGCAUCCCUCCUGGGGUUGUGCGCCGCCGUGUGCUGCACGGUGCAGGCAGGGAGGGGACGCAUCACGGACUACAGGCUCCUCUCGGUGCUGCUCCUUCUGCCGAGGCGAGGAAGAUCCGUGCGUACUGCACCACACGGCUGUAUGGCAUGAGGAACGAGACUUUGUACAACCACUUCCAGCUGUAUGGCAUGGAGGUGGCAGUGCUUGAGUCGCUCCUAGCCAGCCCCCACCGCACCACCAAUGCAUCAGCAGCCGACUAUUUCUUUGUGCCCGUCAUGGGUGGUUGCAUCACUGCCCGCGCUGACGACUCUCCUGCCACUUCUAUGCAGGUGUAUGUGUGGGCCUUUGCGGUGUGCCAUGGAUUUGCAUGGGAUGCCCGUGCAUGCAACACCGCAUGGGCCGACGACCACACCCCAACCCCCACCUCUUCCCCUCACAGGGCAAGUUCAAGAACCGGCGGUCGUAUUUCGCAGCGGACCACUACCAGCGAACCCUGGAGCACAUCCGAUCUGCCUACCCCUACUGGAACCGAAUGGACGGCCGCGACCACAUCUGGACCUUCCCCUGGGAUGAAGGGGCCUGCAGUGCAUCAGGGCAUCAUGCUGUCGCACUGGGCCAACACCAUGGCCGCCCAUAACCACUCCAUCACCCACCUCUGUUGCUCCCUCGAUCACCUUUAUCAUCCCUUGCUGCAGACCUUCCCCUGGGAUGAAGGGGCAUGCAGCGCCCCUAAAGAUGUGUUCAGGGGCAUCAUGCUAUCCCACUGGGGCAACACCAUGGCCGCCCACAACCACUCCACCACCGCCUAUCUGCUCGACAGCUGGCACGACAUCCCGCCAGCGCUGCGCGGGCGGCACCCGUGCUUCGACCCGCUAAAGGACGUGGUCAUGCCGGCCUUCAAGCCGCCCAAUGCGGAGCACCUGCGGGGGCGGCUGUGGCUCAAUCCAGUGGAGCAGCGGCCGCGGCUGUUCUUCUUCGGAGGCAACUUGGGUCUCAACUUCUCCAACGGCCGCCCCGAGGCCAACUACAGCAUGGGCAUCCGGCAGCGAGUGGCGGUUUACUUUGCAUCGCAGCCCAACCGCCACGGCAAUGUGGGGCUGCUGUCUCACCCCGACGUCCUCGUGCUGCCAGGAUCCGUUCCUGACUAUGCCCAGCAGCUAUCACAGGCGCGCUUCUGUGGGGUGUUCCCGGGGGAUGGCUUCAGUGCGCGCAUGGAGGACAGUCUGCUGCACGGCUGCAUCCCCUGCAUCAUCCAGGAUGGCAUAGAGCUGCCCUUUGAGAAUUUCCUGGACUACCCAUCGUUCACAGUGCGAAUUCCAGAAGCCGACAUUCCCAACCUCAUCACCAUUCUCAGCUCCUUCUCAUCCCGCCAAGUGCGGGCCAUGCAGCGGGCGGCGAGCCUUGUCUGGAUGCGGUGGUUCUACCGGUCGGCAGUGCUGCUGGAGGUGGGGCGGCAGAGGGCGCAGGGGAAGGUGGUGGGGGAGUGGGUGGCGGAUUUGGAGGGCAUGGAGGGGGACGAUGCCGUUGACACACUCCUGCAGCGACAAUCGGGACCCCGUGUUCCGUUGACCUCCUCCUUCCUUCAUCGCCUCUCCCCUGGUUUCGCCGGCUCCCCUCGCCUUCUCCGAGUUUCCCGGCCGGUAGGAUCCCCGUGCCGCGCCGCAAAAGCCGGCGGCGGAAGCGGCGAGGAUCGCGGAGAUGCACAGUGUGACGGCAAUAGUAAUGCCAGUUCAGGAGCCGGAGGGAGCUUCUUUAAAGCGAAGUCGCUGGACGGGGUAGUGGAGGAUAUUAAGGACGAGUUUAGAACGGACGUCCGCGACGCGCAGAUUCUGCUUGCAGCGAUCCGAGCAGCCGUGAUCGGGGCAGUAGAAAACAUUUUCGGGUCUGCCCGUGAGCAAGCAGCAGCAGUGAAGCGGCGCGGCCUUCCAAAGCUGCUGUCUGCGAAGCGGUGGCACCAAGUGGACCAAUGGAAAAACCCCCAGUCAUGGACGGUGCUACGGUGGGCUGUAGCGGCACUCUACCUCGCUGCUACAGUCGUCUUCUGCCGGGCGGCGGGCCGCACUGUAGCUGCCAGGCUGGCGAGCCGGCCGGCCUCGGUGGAGCGGUUUUUGGAGUUUGCCAUCCCAGAACCCACCCCUGAAAACGUCCGCCUAGUGCGUGAGCAGCGGUGGAGGGCCCAUGCGCCACCAGGGCUAUCAGUGGUGAAGUGGAGGAUGGACCGUGACGGGCGGUGGGAGAAGGACCCUUCCUUUGUGGGCGAGACCGCGUGGCAGCACGAGGGCGAUCUGGACCGAUCCUCGGCCACUGGGCUGCUGACACGUGGCAGUGAUGCGGUGGUGGUGUGGUGGAGGGCGACUUUUCAAGGACCUGUUGAAGAAGCCAGCAGCCUCUACGAGUACAUGUAUGACUGGGAUCCGAUUCAGAAUCAGCAGGAGGAGGAGAGACGAGUCGAUUCUAUUCCCCCCUGCCAACUCAUUUUCUCCUCCUGCCAACCAGUUUUCCCUUCCUUCCCCUCUCCUUCCUCCCAGCUACGAGUAUGUGCGCCAUUGGGAUCUGAUUCAGGCGCAGCAGGAGGAGGAGAUGGGUUAAAGGCGCCGCUAAAUGCAGCUUCUUCCUUUCCCCCUGCCUAUCCCCUUCUUUCUGCCCCUGCCCACCCGCUUCUUCUCCCCACACCGCACGCCACUCUCUACCCCAGCUACGAGUACGUGUAUGAUUGGGAUCUGAUUCAGGCGCAGCAGGAGGAGGAGAUGGCGAGGCGGGCGCGGGGGGAGGGCGAGGCGGACAGCCCGGCAGUGUGGCUGCAGCGGCGGUGGUGGAAGUACCGACCGGGCAUGCCGUACGUGUGGCUGCUGCACAAGAUACAGACCAACGAGGUGGACGCGGCGGUUUUCACUGCUGACAUGCGGCGGCUGUACGUCACCAUGAAGGAAGGGUUUCCUGCUGAGUUCAAGGUGGACAUCCCAAUCGACCCCUUCCUGUACCCCUCGCUGCUGCUCAAGGGGGUCAACGUGGACAUGCUGCCGCGCUCGCGCCUCUUCUUCCUGCGCGGGGUGGCCGCCCUGCUGCCCUCGCUGCUGCUCCUGGGCGGCAUCGGGGCGGCGCAGAUUGUCUUCAAGCGGCGGGUGGACGAGAAGAUCCACGAUUACAUAUACAUGGACCGCUCACAGCUGCUUCUGCCCGAGGACGUGCACAGGGAGGGGCAGCGCAGUGCAUACGACGAUGUGGUGAUGGCGGAUGACAUAUGGGAGGUGCUGGAGGAGGUCAUGGCGUACAUGCGCGACCCCAUGCUGUACCACUCGCAGGGCAUCAAACUGCCGAGAGGCAUUCUGAUCAGCGGGCCACCAGGCACGGGCAAGACGCUGCUGGCGCGGUCCAUUGCGCGCGAGUGUGGGCUGCCAUUUGUGUUCACGUCGGGGGCGGAGUUUGUUGACUCCACGUCAGAGAGUGGCCUUGACAAGGUGUUCAACAUCUUCUUCACUGCUCGCGCAAAUGCGCCGUCGUUCCUGUUUGUGGACGAGAUUGACGCCCUGGCGGGCAAGAGCGUACUCAAGGACCCUGAGAGGCGCGACGUAUAUGAGGAAUUCCUUGCAGAGCUGGACGGCGAGGAGGAGCACACGGAUGUGGACCGCUUUUCUCUGCGCCAGGCAGUGAUCCUGAUCGCAGCCACGAACCGGCCAGACGAGUUGGACGAGGGGCUGACCAAGGCGGGGCGCAUCGACCGAGAGAUCCACGUGGGGCUUCCCUCAGAGGAGCAGCGCAUCGCCAUCUUUGGUGUUCACUCCAGGAACCGCUUGCUGGCGCCAUCGGUGGACUUCUCCAAGGUGACCUUCCGCACCAUCGGCUUCUCAGGCGCAGACAUCCGCAAUCUGGUGAACGAGGCGGGCAUCAUGGCGGUGAGGAGCGGUGCUGUGUUUCUCUGGGGCCGACAUUCGCAAUCUGGUGAACGAGGCGUCAUGGCGGUGAGGCGCGGACACACAGUGAUCGAGCAGGGUGACGUGGUGGCAGCGCUGGACAAGCAGCUCUUCGAGAGCCUCGGGAUCUCCAUGACCGAUGACGAGCAACAGAGGUUGUUCGCUAAGGUACCAGCAGAGGUGAGGAGGGUGUUGGCGGUGCACGAGGCGGGGCACGUGCUGCUCUCACACCUCUUCCCCUGCUUCGACUGGCACGCCUUCACCCACAUCCUCCCCGGCGGCCAGGAGCGGGCGCUGUCGGUGUUCUAUCCACGGCAGGAGAUGCUACUCAAGGGCAGCACGAGCAUCGGGUACCUGCACAUGCAGAUGGUGGUGGCGCAUGGCGGCAUGUGUGCCGAGCGCCUUGUGUUUGGUGAUGACCAUGUCACGGAUAACGGCCAGGAUGACCUCAUGAAGCUCUCCCAGAUCGCACGCGAGAUAGCGAGCAGCCAUGCGAAUCCGCGGUUUGGGCUGAUGCCCGUCACGAUGCACCCCAUCAUGGAGCCACCAGGCUUCCCCGAUGAAGUCGAGCUCAUCCCCUCCUCCUGGUCACGGCCGGGCACGCAGGUGGCAGCCAUGUCAGUAGAGAUGUCUGAGAUCUUCACACGGGAGGUCACGUGGAACAUAGAGCUCACAGAGCGCAUGGCAAUGGACGCAUUGAGGCGCAAUCGGGCCAUUCUGGAUAAACUCACAGACCACCUCGUGGAGCACUUCCGCAUCUCAGGCCUCGAGGCCGGGGAGAUAGUGUAUUCAAUGCAGCCUCAGAUGCUGCCCGACUUGCUCGAGCCAGAAACAGAAACAGAGGCGGCACAGGAGGAUGCUGACACGGCCACCCCCCCAGACUGGAACCCGGAGCAGCCAGGGCGAUACCAGUACCUGGAUAUCUACCCUGCCCCCCUGCACCGCUGCUGA